AUGCACGGCAUGCAGCAUGGCUAUGGUUUUAUCUUUAAGCGGAGUUUGCCUCAUAACUGUGAGGUCAAGACACGUUACAAUGCCCAUGCGCAGGUCGAGCCACCCCACAAUGUUCCAUCCCAACUUCAAAUCAAUAUAACUCCACCACCAUGGAUCCAAUUCAAAAAAGCAGUUAAAUGCUUAGAAUCGCGUGAAGUUGGAGAUAAUUUCUCGUACCGCGAAGUCGCGAAGAUGUUUAGUGUAAACCGAACGACGCUGUCGCAAAGGCACAGAGGUAAGCAGGUUCAAGAAGCUGCAAAGGUGGCUCGACAACAAGCCAAAACUGAGCGUGAGCGCGAGCGGAAACAGCGCGCUGAGGAACUAGCUGCUCAACGGGCGCUCAAAAAGCUGCAACGCGACGCUGCAACCGCAAAAAAAACUUACGAUACAGCAAACAAGUGUAAGCGAAAAGUCUCACAUAAAGCAGCCAAAAAUCUGACAAAGCGUCGUCGUGUUGCUGCUGCAUCAAGUCGGGUUGACGCUGGUCCGCCUGCGGCGUCUCCCCCACCCAAAUACAGCGCAAGUCAGCGCCAAGUUAAGACACCAACGAGAUACAAGUAG